AGGUGGGACUUCCUGUCUCGUGUAUCCAAGGUCUUCAUAAGUCAGUGCCGGCCUUGGGGAGGAGGGUGUCUAGAAUGUGGUGGCGAGCCUGGCAGCAAAUUAGCUGGGCCUGGUAGAAGGGUACUCACCUAUUUAUUACUGCCGUUAUCCUUACUGUCCUCCCACGGCGUCUCCCAGAGGCCUUGGAGCCCUGAGAACCCAAGCGUGUGCCCGCAGGUUCCGUGAGGGCCAUGGAGGUGCGGCCGCCAGCGCCACAGAGCUACUUCUGCCGGGCGCUGUGUCCUUUCCCUCGGGUUUUUGCUGCGAGAGCUGUGGCUGCCGAUUCGGAGAACCAGAAGCUGUCUUCCUACGUCCCAGAGCCUGAUUACCUGGAAUCCGGAUGGGACCGCCUCCGGGACCUGUUUGUCAAAGAUGAACAGCAGAGAACUUCAAAGGAACUUGAGAAUAUUUAUAAGGCGGCUAUUUCAGCAGGCAUCAUUGGCUGGGCAUAUGGAGGAAUACCAGCUUUUAUCCAUGCUAAACAGCACUAUGUUGAGCAGAGCCAAGCAGAAGUUUAUCAUAGCCGGUUUGAUGCUGUGCAAUCUGCACAUCGUGCUGCCACACGAGGCUUCAUCCGGUAUGGCUGGCGCUGGAGUUGGAGAACUACAGUGUUUGUGACUAUAUUCAACACAGUGAAUACUGGUCUAAAUGUGUACCGAAAUAAAAAUGCCCUAAGCCAUUUUGUCAUUGCGGGAGCUGUCACAGGAAGCCUUUUUAGAAUAAACUUAGGCCUGCGUGGUCUGGUGGCUGGUGGCAUAAUUGGAGCCUUGCUAGGCACUCCUGUAGGAAGUCUGUUGAUGGCAUUUCAGAAGUUCUACGGGGAGACUGUCCAAGAGAGAACACAGAAGGAUCGCAAAGCACUCCAUGAGCUGAAAUUGGAAGAGAGUAAAGCCAGACUGCAAUUUACUGAACUCCUCCCUGAAGAAAUUGAAAGUAGCUUACAGAAAAAUCGAUCCAAAGAUGAUGUUAAGAAAAUUGAAGCACUACUAAAUCUUCCUAGAAACCCUUCAUCAACAACUAAACAAGACAAAGACUGAAAAUGUUCUGGACUUAAAAUUCAUUGGCAAAUUGAAGGGAUCUAUGUUGCCCUGUCCAUUGAAUGCCAAAGGCUAGUCUUCUCCUUGGCCAGCCUGCUGACAGAUAUAAGUGCUGGCACCUCUAGUGGCAGUGACUUGCUCUUAUCUUUUGUUUUCACCAAGAAUUGGGCAGUUGUACACUCACUUUACUUAUCCUUAAAUUUAAAUACAUAGUCUUUCCUGAUUGAUCUAUAUAUUUGGCAUUGUAUCUGUACUGGUCAAUCAAUACAUAUUUCUUUGCCCUGAAUUUUACAAUAGUAAAUUAAAAAUUUCCCAAAAUUGGAGUUGAAAUCUGUGGGUUGUAUGUUUAUUCUUGCAGCCUUUUAAAAAGAUACUUAGUCACUAGAAGGAGGAGGUAUCACUAGGUAAGGCAAAUGGGUCUGUGAUGAAAUCCUUGUGCCUUUGGAUUCUAGAAACAUUGUGGGCCUAAGUGUGUAGUGGGGUUUGGUUUUGUUUUAAUAAAAAAGAUAAUUCCUA